GUGACGCGCCUAUAGGAUGACGGCAGGAUGGCACCGGUAAAUAUAGUCUAGAUAUAGAAGAAGACGAAUCUCUCUCCACCCCCGGUUGUAUCCCGGUCACCCCGCUCAGUACCGCGAGAGUUUGUGCUCCGGGGGCGGAGUGAGCUCAGCGCAUGACCGACAGCGAGUGGCGGGGCCCGGCAGUUUCUGUCUUGGCCAUUCAGUAGUCAUGGCUGACUCUCUUGCCACUGGAUCUAGAAGACAAUUUCCCAGGACCAGUAAAUCUAGAUCUUCCACACAGCUGCAGUUCCUUGCCUCUGACUCAGGAAGCUAUUACAACAAGAGAACAGUUCAAAGGAAAUAUCCCAAACCAGAAAACCGUGAGCUCCGAGGGGUACCGGCCUCCCUGAUCAGCGAGUGGAAGGAAAUGUUUAAGACUCUGUCGCGGGUGAGGUGUCCCAGCUCUGGGUGCUGGCUGGAGUUUCCCAGUGUUUACGGGCUGAAACAGCAUUACCAGCGAUGCCAAGGGGCAGCUUUACUGUCUCGGAUGGUGGUCUCCUGUCCUCGCUGUGAAGCUGUUUUUGUCUCCAAGACACAACUGCAGAAACACCUGAUGUGGAACCAUUCAGAGAAAGAGGAUAGCAGAGAAAAAAGGGUAAUAAAGAGAGGAUCCACAACACACAGGCUUUCUAAACAGACUAAAGCACGGGUCCCAGAGGAGAAUGGAGACAUCACCCAUCCUAGAGACAAUAAAAAACAGGGGGACAUCUGUCUAUCUGAUGAGGAUCCGGAGAGGAUGAGACACAGAAGGAAACAGAAAACCCCAAAGAAGUUCACAGGAGAACAGCCGUCCAUCACUGCCACCUUUGGAUUGAAAAGCCUGGGAAAAACUGAAGACAAAUCCAGGGGAAGACAAGGGAGGAUUGUACAAGGGAAUAUAAAAGCCCCAAAGAAGAGGAUAGAAAGUGCAAAUAUAAGACUGGAGCAUAUAAUGUCGCCCCCUUCAGGCAGUGUGGACGACAAGUGCCAACGCCAGACCAAUAAGAAGGGUGAAGUGACCUGUCCUAAUUGCUGCUCGGUCACACGUAAGACUAUGGCAGGUUUGAGAAAACACAUGGAUGUGUGUGAGCAGCUGCAGGAAGCACUGAGGUGUCAACACUGCAAGAAGCAGUUCAAGUCCAAAGCUGGUCUCAACUAUCACACUAUGGCGGAGCACGUCAACAAGUCUUCCAGUACUGAUGAUGUCCCAUUGAAUGAUCCCAAGGAGCGAGAACGCCUGCGUAAAGUUUUGAAACAGAUGGGAAAACUACGCUGUCCAAAACAGAAUUGCUCCGCCACGUUCUCCAGCCUGAUGGGGUAUCAGUACCACAUGCAGCGUUGUGGCAGGCAGCAGUGUGAUAGGGAGAAACUGCACUUCUCCUGCCCCCACUGUAACAAGUCGUAUCAGUCCAAAGCUGGGAGAGAUUACCAUGUACGCACCGAGCACUGUGUGAAUCCUGUGGAACCGGAUCAAGCAGCUCAAGAGAUAGAGGUGGAGGAUUUUGAGCGGACUCCAAGUGGUAGAGUCAGGAGACGUUCAGCACAGAUCGCAGUCUUCCAUUUACAAGAAAUUGCAGAGGACGAACUGACAAGUGGAGGAAGCCGGAGGAGGAUGAAGGAAGAUUUAGUACCUGACAGCAAGAGGCUAAACUACCUCCGACCUGGACUGCCGACCUUUAGUCCCCGGCUCCUGGAUAACUGGAAAACACGUGUAAAGGAGAACGGAUUCAUCUGUUGUCCCAAUAAUCAUUGUGAAGCAAUAUACUCCAGCGUGUCUGGGCUGAAGGCUCAUCUAGCAAACUGCAGCAAGGGUAAUCACUCAGUGGGGAAGUAUCGAUGUCUGCUGUGUCAGAAGGAGUUUAGCUCUGAAAGUGGAGUAAAGUACCACAUCUUGAAGACACACUCACAGAACUGGUUCCGCGUGUCUGUGGUUUCUUCACCUUCUAAAAGGAAAAUAUCUCCAGAGUUCCAUGCUCAUGAGUCAGAGAUGAAAGCACCAGGCAAAAAAAAAUGGAGGAAGAUUGAGGAGAAUCCGGUAGUUGUGCCUCCAGCAACCACAGAACCCCCUAAAAAAGAAACUCCGUUUGCACAAAUUACACAGCCUAAGAAAGCACGUAAAAUUGGAGUGUACACGCACAGCUUUGGAACCAAGGGGAAAGUUCAGAAGGGUGCCCCAUCCAGAAGAUGGAAAUAACCCCACAUAGGAACGUGCACCAAGCCCAGAAUCAAUUUAAGCAGCCUGCAGUAGUCACACAGAAGACAAUAUAUAUGCUGUAGCAAAUCCCUCUCCAUUUCUGCUGCAGAAUAAAGCAGGACCAAGUACACAUAAUAUAAAUGUAAAUCUACUACUUGAAAUUAAGGUUAGGAAAUAGUGACGUUACUUUCUGAAUAAAUAUUGUAUGGAAAACAUAAGAAAGGACAUCCACUGUCUUAAAUCUGCACCCUGCUGCUAAAUUGUGUGAAAUGGAAAGCAGUACCCACUAUAAUAUGCAGCAAGAGCUUAAAAACAUGGAUGUGGUAUGCCAGUGCACAAAUAUUUGGUUCUUUAGUUAUAACAUACAGAUUAAUGUGGCUCUCAAUCCUCAUACCGGGGCCCAUUUCUAAUGUGAAAACACCACUAAACCAAUCAAACACUUUCUAUUUCUAUUGUGGAAUUUGCACUAUAAAGAUAAAGAUUAUGUGGAUUUGGUUCCCGUGGAUCAGUGCAAAUCCUUCACCUCAUUCAAUAUUAGGAAUGGAGCCCUAAAGCAUCUACACAGAUAACACAACCAUAUAGAACAGUGAGCAGCAAAUGGACAUCCUCUGCCAGUAAUCCCUCCAGGAUUUGGAGCCGGUGUCCUUGUUUGUUUUUCUUUUUUUAUUAAGAAAACGGUGUAAUGGUGUAUGCUGUAAAAUGAAAAAAAAAAAAUUUUUUUUAGACUGCAAUGUAAAGAGAGAUUGCUACCCAGAAAUGAAUAUGGAACGUCUAGUAACUCCAGUAAAGCAUAUAUCACUCAUUUAAUUUCUAUAUUUAAUAAGCACUUACAGUCAGUGUAGAGUCUGUUCUCAGGAGACAGCACACAUAGAAAAUACAUUGCCAUUGUACAUAUACAGACUACCUUAUGUUGUUUCAAAAUAGCUAGCUAAGCUAUGUAAAGUGGAGGCAGACAUUUUGUGAAUUCUUCAUACUUCACGACAGUCCAGAUUAUCGUUUUGCUUGGAGCCAGUGCCAUCCCUUUAGUACUUCAUGACAAUGCAGUCUGUAUAGGUUCAUUACGUUCAUAGUUAAUUGAUAGGCUGCAUUUGCAUGAAUAUUGAUUCCAGAAUGUCUGCCCCCACAGAGUGUAGGUGACAGGUAACACCAGGUACAAUGGUAAAUACACACUUGGUGCUUGCGUGCAAUAUUAACUCUACAAGCUUGCAGCCAUUUUACUUGUGUCUGGUUUAAAAUGGUUGACUUAGAAGCAUCAUGGAUUAUGCAUAAGCACUUUGUCUGCACAUGUGUUUGCACACCCUUUAGUCAUAUUUAUAUUCAUAUAUUGCCAGUUUUAUCACCCCAGACCUGUAGAAAUGUAUGAGUGUAGAACACUGAUGUACCCACUGAAGUGAACAUCCAAGACUAGCCACAUGGCUUUCUCAAGAACUACUGUGUCUGUCAUUUCUCCAGUGUUCGUCAUCUAGAUCAUGGCUUCACGUUGAAAUAAAAUGUUAAAUAAA